UGACGCGAAUUAUAGUAAUGUCAAACAUCGCGCCAGCCAGUAAGCAGCCAGUCAGCCAGCUAGUCAGUCGGCCGGAGGUAGCGUGGAGAUCGUCCGAUAACCGUGCACGGACUACAACUCACAAACGACGUUUUUCUGCUGUUCUCGUGGCACCCCCCACGAUCUCCGCGAUCUCAACGUCGCACGCGACUAUGUGACUGCAAACGAUCGUGACCGCAUCGUGAAGCAGACCGUGUCGCGAUCGCGAGUAGAGCGAGCGAGCGAGCGGCUGGACGAGCAAAACGGCCAACAACCGGCGGCGGCCGAGAGAAGAAGGGCGACCCGGAGACGUUAACGGGACGCGGCCGGGGCCGUGAACGCACUCGCGAGUCGAGCCCAAACUGUCAAGAUGGACUGGGAGCUGAUGACGAUGGCGAGCCUGCACUUGACCGCGACCGAGCACCGCUAUUACGGCGACAUAUUCAUAUAUUGCUGCGAGAACGCGGACAGCGACAGCGUGCCCGUCAUCAAAGUCGCCGAGUUGCUGCGCUUUGCUAAUUUGCCGCGGGACGUCACGAUGAAGAUAUUGGAUAUUUGCAUUGGAACCAAAGGCAACACACAUCUGGGUAAAAAGCAGUUUUAUGCAGUGCUGAAGCUUAUAGCUGUUCAUCAAGCUGGUCUUGAGGUCUGCAGAGAUAUGUUGACCGCAUCUCUGGAUGUUGUUACCCUGCCAAGAUUCACAUGGCCAACCUCUGGCGACGAAGAUGGCAGGAGGAGUUCAGAUUCGAUCAGAGGCGCAAAGGGCAGGUGUCACGUCCCAGAGAGUACUACGGAGAGUGAAAGUGAAGCUGAAUCUCCACGCGAGACUGGCGGCAGCACAGAUUCCCCUACACCAACAAACAGUGUCACUCAAGAGAGGAACGAUGGUAUAUUGGGUAGUGAGACAAUAUUGGAUUCCGUUUCCGGUGGCUGGCAGGGUCUGCUGGUCUCCGAAGAACAGAGACAGCUGUUGGGUACAGAAGAGGAGAGCUCAGAGCGUCAUAGUAGCGACGAGGGAGAAGGUGACGGCGACAACUCGGGUUUCCCACCUGAGGAAGUGUGGAUUAUCAGUGACGAGCAGCGUGAUUAUUACGCCGCGCAAUUCGCGCAGCUGCAGCCCGAUCCGGAGGGUCUCUUGGCCGGGCCGGUGGCUAGAACAUUUUUCGAAAAGUCGCGACUUCCCGUGGCCGAGUUGAGACGUAUUUGGCAGCUCGCGGACGUUACGAGGGACGGGGCACUCAGUCUGCAGGAAUUCUACGUGGCUAUGCACCUCGUUGUACUGAGGAGGAAUCAUGUGCCUCUACCCGACGUCUUACCUCCGUCCUUGUCGAUUCCGUUAGUCAUGCAAACAGCUACUGCCGCACCGCAGAUCCCACCGGUGACAAACGCCCAGAAAUCAUCGCCGACCUGCGGCGCGAAUAACAGCCGCGAGAAGAAUAAAGAGUGGACAAAGUUUGUAGACUCGCCGACCGGCACGAGCAGUUCGGUCACCAGCCCGGGGUUGCAGCUAGUGAAUUUCGAUUUCCAGAAGUCGGCGGUCGAGCGAGAUCCGAAGAUCUUGCACCCGGUGCCUCUGCGCUUAACGCCUGAGGCAGCGAUACUCGCUUCCGGGGCUAACGGCAGUAGCAGUAGCUGCACAACCUUAGGAGAAGACGAGCUGCAGCAUUCUGCGGCGUCGCUGGUACAACGACCACUCACGAAGAAACCACCCGCGGCACCCGAAGAUGCUGUCAUUGUUACUCCCAAGAAGGAACCACCGCCGCCACCGCCACCCAGACCCUACAGAACACACGCACGCAGUUCUAGUCUUGAUCUUAACAAAUUAGGGAAAAACGGUCAAAGUUUCCUUGGAGCGCCGCCAUUGGUACCGCCCAGAAUUUCGCCAGGAAUUACAUCGCCGCGUAAAUUGGUCGGCCAGAGAAGUGAAGGUGAGGGUCAAAGGACAUUGAGCGAAAGUCAAGGCUUUGUCGCCGACUUCUCUCAUUUUUCCCCCAAGAGUGAACUGCCGGAAAAUCCUAUAGAGAAUUCGCUGCCGCAAUCUCAACAAUUCACCGGAGUCUGUGGAGCGUUUCAUAUUUAUAGGAAACCCAGUCCAAAACGGGACGGCAGCGAAGAGGAUGGUAAGGACGAAUCGGAGAACGAGAGGAAAUUGACUUUGCAAGAAUUGAGGGAAAAGAAUGCGGAACUACGCCUAAUCUGCGAAGAACUGACGCGAGAACUAGCCAGCGCGCUCCAAGAACGCAUAAACCUACGCGCGAAACUCCUACUCUUGACUUGAUGUGAUUGUUACUCGUUUAUCAUUCAUCCGAUCGAAGUUAUGAGGUGCCACGUAUCCUCGACUCAUUGUAAACGCAUGUAUUUAACAUGUUAUGCUAGUCUAGAACUCCACCUUUUCCCAACAAAGUAUUUCGCAGUAAGUAUUCAUUCAUCUUCGUAAUAAUCAUCGUAGGGCGGACAGAGAUGCGGCAGAGGGGACGAAAUUUACAAAAAAGGAAAAAAAGACAUUAUACAUACAUAUAUAGGUAUUUUACUUUAGGAUGAGAGAAGAAAUGUACCGAUGAGAGAGAGAGAGAGAGAGAGAGAGAGAGAGGGGGGAGAGAGAGAGAUAUAUAUUAUAUCAAUUACGAAUCGUGUACAAAACUGAUCAUGAUCUCUAUACUGAUGGUAUACAAUUUGUAAGUGCUUGUGCGAAUAGCCAGAUUGACGAGCUGCUGUUUACAUUUAUAUGCAAAGAAAAAAAAAUCAUAUUGGAAGGCGCGUUCGACGUAAAAUUUACGUUACUAAAUUUACCCCUGUGAUUUAUCGUGACUUGUGUAUCGCUGUGAAUUUAUACGUAUUUCUAUAUAAUGCGCCAUGCAAGUGUAUCUGUCAUGUUAUUAUUCCAUUUGAAUGUCGAUAGUUGAAGAAAUAUCCGACUGUUGUUUUCCUGUAUAAGAAAAAAUUGCUAAUUUUAUAAAAGAAAAAGUAAUAUCAAGAUAUCCCGUAAUCGUUUGUAUAUCGAUGAAUCUCUGGAGUUAUUCGUUCACUGUGAGCGGGCAAAGGAAUUGUCAUACGUGUGUCCGUUAUAAACUUCGAAUUAGCUGUGUAUUAUAAAGACGAGCGAUAGAUAUUUGUUAUUUGCAACAAAAUCGAACUGUAUUUUCGUAUGACUGUUUAACAUUUUCACAAAAAAAGGAAAAGGAAGGGGAAGGGGAAAAGGAAGAAAGCCACGGCGCCAACUGAGGAACGGGAUAAUCUGGACUGUUACGAUGUUAUAUUUUACUUGAUGAUAUAACGAGAGUACCUACGAGAUACCUGUUAAAUGUUAAUGAAAGAUAUACGAGAAAUGUGGAAUCUGCAGGAACAGAAUACUUCGAAAAUAAAUUUAUCUAGAGGUGUAUAAACACGCUUCCCUCUUGACGAAUCAAUUUACGUUGAAUACGUCGAUUUUGGUGUACCAAUCUUUUGGAAUUCAUCAUCAUCAUCUCAUCAUCGUGUACCGAUUUCUAUUACCGUAGACUAAAGGAAAAAGAUAACUAUACUAUAGUUGGGAUGCAGACUAUUUGAAGCGUGAGAAGAAUAUAGACCUAUCAGGCACAUCAACGGCGAAACCAGGUCACUGCAGCGAUCUGUGGGCGGGAGAGUGCUUUUAGCCACUUACAUAGCUAUUUCUAACUAGCGACUAGCGAUUGCUCAACAUAUAUAGCUCUACAAUGAACAUAUAUACAGGUUACUUGAACAAAUUGGACUUAGAAAUCUCGUUUUUACUCCCCUGUAAGAUUCAGCCCUUGUGGCUUAGAUCUAUAUUAGUCUCAGCGUUUCACAUCUUCAAAUCUCGCCAUUUCUAUGCAAUCAAAUGUAUAAUGAUCCGUGAUCAGUGUAAUACACAUCACGUCCUUUAGUAUUUUUAAUUGAUUUAUUGCUGCAGAUAGCAGAACAGAAAUAUUUGCCAAGCAACCAUUGUUACUAAAAUAAUAAUAACUCUUUGUGCCAUAUAACGCGAAAUUUUAAAGUUUAUAUACUGCCGUCAUUGAAACCGAACGACGGUACUUUUUCCUGUCGGUCAUCAUGGGACAUUAAAAGCUUAGAGAGAAAUCAACGAGUAUUCGACGGAGACUUUUUUGUAAUUGUAUAGAUAUAUACGGAUAUAUAUAUAAAGAUUAUAUAAAGUUAACGCUUAUAUCAGAAUCAUCUGUCCGAUUUAUUGUCUGCGGUCCUGUAAAAAGAAAUGUAACGAUAUAGAAAUACAAAAGUGUCUGUCGAGCAUGAAUAAAGGAACUACUUUAGUUUCAUAACAACUUUUAUUGAUGUCAUUGUGUGAAUGAAAAAUGAUAAUCGUAUAUUUUUUAACUGCGAAUACUUAUGAAGUUUUUUUCGGGUAUGAAUGAACGCGAAUGAUAAAAAGUAUGUGUAUGAUGUGGCGUGUAUAUAUAUACAUAUAAUA